AUGCAGUUCACUUUCGCUACCCUUGUCACUCUCGCCGUUUCGGUCGCUGCCAUGCCUUCCGUCAGCGGAUCCCCCAAGGGCCUUGCUAUCUCCAAGGCCAGCGGCUACUGCCAGGCCGGUGAGAUCGCCUGCUGCAACCCCAAGAAGGAUAUCAAAGCAGAUGGCAUCCUCGGAAACCUCCUCGCACAGGGAGCUCUCAACAACUUGCUCGGUGUUGGCGAUUCCGCCUGUGCCUCCCAGAGCCUGAUCAAGAACCUCAACCUUCUCGGCUUCACUACGGAGGGUACCGAGGGAACCACCUGCAAGAACACCAUUGCUUGCUGCCCAGCUGGCGAAGACUGCACUGCCAUCAACGCUUAA